AGUGGCGUAGAGAUUGCCAAACAACAUGCCACAGAGGAGCACAACGAGGCUGUUUUUUGUUUGUGGUGUGUGUAUGUGAUUUAUUGUGACAGUUGGCUAGGUGUGCUUGGCAGAGGUGUUUGGUGACUGUGUUUGGUGAAGGACAUAACCAAAUUUGUCCAUUUUCACCUGGCAAAGAUGGACACGGGCAGCAUGGGCCCCAAGAAGACUUUCGUGUCCACUUUUCGGAUGGAUUUUAAGCCUGCCGCCCCUCAGUUUGUGUUGAAGGGGAUCAAGAAUGAGCUGGAGGACAGGGACACUGCUCAGGGGGGUAGCAGAAAGCAGGGAACCAUAUCAACAGAUAUCACCUCAAAGAGAAGAGUCUCCACUGAAAAGGGUCCCCUGCUGGAGUUUCUUGACCCCCAAGAGCAGUUGGAAGUGCGGGUGGGAGGGCAGGCCAGACUCCACUGUGCCUUCAGGAGCUGCAGUGUUCCUGUGGCUUCCUGCUGGAUCUACAACAGAGAGCAGGUGGUUGCAGGCAGGCCGAGGACUCGUGUAGAGAGCAGUGACACUGACAGCAGUGUGGAGAUAUCUCAGGCUUGUCCGGACGAUGCGGGUACAUACACUAUAUUGGUGCGGAAUCGCAGGGGCUUGGCUCAGCACACAGUCACCCUCAGUGUUAUCGACCGGCCUCACCCUCCGGCAUCUAGUCCCAUGGUCUCCCAGCUCUCCUCCUGCUCCCUGGUCCUGUCAUGGUCGGGGCCCAGCUACGACGGGGGCACUGCCGUCACAGGCUACACGGUGGAGGUGAGACGAGAAGGCACUGAGAAGCCUGAGGACUGGACUGAGGUGACGACCCAUUGCAAGAACACCUCGUACCGGAUCCGCUCGGUCCUGGAGCCCCUUGGGGAGUACCGCUUUCGCGUUCGGGCCUACAAUUUGGCAGGUGUCAGUGAGCCGAGUGAGGUGUCGGACCGUGUCAAGAUGGAAACCAGAGGAGAGCUAAAAGAGGAAUCCCAAUCGUAUGUGACUGUCACCAUUGACACGACGCACAAAGUCAAGGAUCAUUACAAUGUGCAUGAGAAGCUGGGAAUGGGGAAGUUUGGCCAGGUGUUCAGGCUGAGUCACAAGGAGACAGGUCAGGUGUGUGCAGGGAAGUUCUACCGGGCCCAUAGCUCCAAGGCGAAGGCUGUGGCGCGCAGGGAGAUCGAGCUGAUGAACUGUCUCCACCACCCCAAGCUGGUGCAGUGCCUCGGGGCCUAUGACACCCGCUCCGAAAUCAUCAUGGUGAUGGAGUACAUUGCCGGCGGGGAACUGUUUGAGCGCAUCGUGGACGACAACUUUGAGCACACGGAGCCUACCAGCGCACGCUACAUGCAACAGCUCCUGGAGGGAAUGCAGUACAUCCACCGGCAGAACAUUGUCCACUUGGACCUCAAGCCAGAAAACAUUGUGUGUGUGGACACCACGGGCACGCGGAUUAAGAUCAUCGACUUUGGCCUGGCAGCCAAGCUGGAGCCUGGUAUUCCACUGAUGGUGAUGCAUGGGACGCCUGAUUUUGUGGCCCCAGAGGUGAUCAGCUACGAGCCGGUAGGGCUGGCCACUGACAUGUGGAGCAUCGGAGUCAUCUGUUUCAUCUUGCUGAGCGGUGAGUUGCCCUUCCAAGGUAACAGUGACGCAGAGACCCUGAGCCUGGUGACGGCCGCCUGCUAUGAGUUUGACCAGGAAAGCUUCGAGGACAUCUCGGACCAGGCUAAAGACUUCAUCACCUCUCUGCUCAAGAAAGACACAAGGUGUAGGCUGUUGUGUGACGAGGCCCUGGCCCACCCCUGGAUGGCCUCUUUUACCCUUCUGGUCCGCCGGCCCACCAAGUCCCUCAAGAAGGACAAGAUUCGACGUUUCUUGGCCAAGCGCAGAUGGAAGACAACAGGCAAGGCUGUCCUGGCACUGCAGAGGAUGGCCAACCUUACCAACGGACCUGACUCUCCUGGCAGCCCUGGGGAGGAGGCUAGCUGGAGCCCGGCGGCAGAGCAGGCCAUCCAGAACCUGGAUCAGGAGCUGCAGAGCGAACCCCGCUUCCAGCAGGUCCUAAGGGACACCAGCCAGCCCCGGGGAUCUACCGCCCGCCUGGUCUGUCGCGUCCAGGGCUACCCCGAGCCGGAGGUGGUGUGGUUUAAGGAUGAGGAGCCCGUGGAGUCAUCUUCGAGGGUCACCGUGGGGUACGACGGCAUGUGUGAGCUGGUCCUAACUGACCUGGGACCUGCCGACUCUGGGGUUUACAAGUGCAGAGCCACCAACGACCUAGGGGAGGCACUGUGUUCGGCCAAACUUACUGUGGAACUGUAGCCUGAAAACA